AUGAAACGAGAUAAUCAGACCAGUGUGUCUGAAUUCAUCCUCCUGGGGCUCCCCAUCCUGCCAGAGGAGCAAGGCAUGUUCUAUGCCCUGUUCCUGGCCAUGUACCUGACCACAGUGCUGGGGAACCUGUUCAUUAUCCUGUUUAUCAGGCUAGACUCUCACCUCCACCCCAUGUACUUCUUCCUCAGCCACUUGGCCUUCACUGACAUCUCUUUCUCAUCUGUCACAGCUCCAAAGAUGCUGAUGAAUAUGCUGACACAGAGUCAAUCCAUCUCAUAUGCUCGGUGCAUUUCCCAGGUGUACUUUUUCUUAUUGUUUGGGGGUACUGAUGACUUUCUUCUCACCUCAAUGGCAUAUGAUAGAUAUGUGGCUAUCUGUCACCCCUUGCACUAUACCACCACCAUGAGUCAGAGCCUAUGUUUCCUGCUUGCAGUUGGAUCCUGGGUCUUAUCCUGUGCAGGUGCCCUUGUGCACACCUUACUCCUAGCUCGUCUCACUCUCUUUAGAGGCAAUACUCUCAACCACUUCUUCUGUGACCUCUCUGCCUUGCUUAAGCUGUCUAGUUCAGACACUGCUGUUGAUGAGCUGGUUAUUCUCAUUGUAGGAAUGGUGGUUGUUAUCCUGCCAUUCAUAUGCAUUCUGGUCUCUUACAGCUACAUUCUGGCCACCAUCCUGAGGACUCCCUCCAUCAAAAGAAUCUGCAAAGCCUUGUCCACAUGUGGUUCUCACCUUUCUGUGGUAUCUCUGUACUAUGGGGCAAUUUUUGGACUAUACUUUAUUCCUUCACCCAAUAACACUAAUGACAAGGAUGUCAUUGUGGCUAUGCUAUACACUCUGGCCAUACCCAUGUUAAAUCCCUUUAUCUACAGUCUGAGGAAUCGGGAAAUGAAAGGCCCUCUGAGAGAUAUACUCAGGGGAGGAAACUUUUCAGUGUGA